AAUUUUACACUGUAAUUAUUUACCAAACUCUUUUCUGGUGCUAAUGAGAAUGGCAUGAAUUCGAUAUCAGUUAGGUAGAUGAAAAAGCAUCAUGCAUUAUAAUAAGAAUAGCUGUUGUAUAUGUAAAUGUUGUGAGUGGAUCUGUUCAUGGAUUAAGUAUUUUUUUUGCUGUUUAUGUUGUCGACCAAUUUGUUGGUUUUCUAGACAAUCCAGGGUAGGGCUUAAAAGUGGUUAUGACCAACUUGGAGGAACAGUCGGUAAGGGCAAAUAUCCAGCAAGUCAAGCAGAAUGCAGACAGGAAAUUGAUAAAUUGAAUGGAGAGGUCGAAAAUCUUACGUGGCGCUUACAAGACAAGGACAACGAAAUUAAAGACCUUAAACAAGAAAAGGAUGUUGCAUUAUCAAGGUUGAGUGAAAUGAUGGGAUCUAAAUUACGGGAUAACAAUCCAGCGAUUGCUGAUCUAAAUGACCAAAAUCGUCCAAUGAAACUUGCUGAACAGUUUACUGAAUUGUAUGAAAAUGAAUGGACAGACGCCUAUACCGCUUUACAGGAACUUACCGAAGAGGGCAGUGAAGAAAAAAUAACAGACAUUGACAGCAUUCGAAUAUUACUCCAUAUUUUGAAAGAAAUAAAUGAAGAGUGUGUCAAAGAUUCGUCACUUCAACUGUUUGGACUGAAGAAAGCUUUCCAGUGUUUGCCCGCUGAUGAUUGCAAAGAAUAUUUUAAGAUGUUCAAAGAUGUACUCAAAUCCCAAGCUACUAAAUAUAUACCUCUAUUAUGCAAGAAACUCUUCGACAUUGAAUCAAACUGCAAAACAGUUCAGAAAUAUAAAACCGUGUGUCAACCUUACAUCGAAUUGUGUGUCAAAAUUUGUUACCUGUCUGCUGUUCAGGAUCCUCCAAUGUUUCUAGACUUUGAACCAAAUGACACAUUCGAUCGAACUACUUUCAAAGAGUUCACUGUUCAAGGUUCAAGACUAGACUAUUUGGUUUGGCCUGCACUGCUUAUCCAGAAAGAUGGCGCAAUUAUCUCCAAAGGUGUGGUACAGCCCAAAAAGGAAUCGGAUGAUGAAUGAAAUAUGUGAAUUUAUCUAAUGCGGGAAUACUCAAAUUGUGUGCAUUGUUAUGGGACAUACAUUUUAUGGUUUAAAACCUCAGCUUCAAAACGUGUAACAUUGUUAUAUUUUUGUAUUCUAUCAAUUUUAUUUCAUACUUUGUAUCCCAACAAAGUCGAAGUUCAUGCAUACUAAGUAUAAGAUUAGAUUGAAAUUUAUAUUCAAGAUAAUACCAAUUCUUCGAUAUUCACUAUUAAGCUGUACUAAACUUAAUCCUAUAUAUGUAAUAAGCAAAGUGUUUGGUAAGAAUGUCUUUUAUACACGCUUAUAACUAGAAAUAAAUAAUGUCAAUUAAAUUUAGUAAGAUUAUUAUAAAAAAGAUAUGUGGAAGUA